AUGACUGUCUCCAUCGAGCCCGACACCCCCCGGGCAGCUCCUAAACAAACCCCCAAACACCGCGACCCAGAAAUCUACACCUCCCUUACCAGAUCCCUCGACUUCACCAACGACGCCGAAGAGAAAUGGUGGACACGCACCGCGCCUCUUCUUUCGAGAAUCCUCUCCUCGGCCGACUACACUCUCCCGCAGCAAUGCCAGUUCCUGACCCUCUACAACACGCUGAUGAUCCCCAACUUCGGGCCCCACCCGCACACAUGGCACUCCUCGAUCACUCACUCGGGGCUCCCCGUCGAGUUCAGCGUCAACUAUCAGCCCGGCAAGCAGCCCACCGUGCGCAUUGGCUUUGAGCCGGCCUCGUCCAUCUCCGGCGGUGCACGGGAUCCGUACAACAUGGUUACCGUGUCGAAUGUGCUGAAUAAGAUGGGCCGACUGGGCUUUGCGGGGUUCGAUCCGUCGCUGUUCCACACCUUGAUUGGCACGUUGACGCUAUCGCGCAAGGAGAGUGAUCACCUGGGGGGCGCGAAGCUGGAGGGGUCCAAAUUCAAAACGCAGGCGGCGUUUGGGCUGGACCUGAAGGGGGAUGCGGUCACGGUCAAGACCUACCUUUACCCCGCGCUGAAGUGCAAGGUGGGGGACACUGGGCUCAGUGAGCUGCUCGAAAAGGCCAUUACUAAAGGUCAGAAUGUGCCGGAUUGUGGCCGGGUGGUUUCGCUCGUCAAUGAGUACAUGGAGGAGGGCCAGUGCUACAACCAGUACUCGUUUGUCGGGUUCGAUUGUGUAGACUCGGCCAAGGCGCGGCUGAAGGUCUACGGAGCACUUCUGGACAUCUCCUGGACCAAGGUGGAGGAGAUCUGGACGCUUGGGGGUCGCCUGGUGGAUAGCGAGACCAACAAGAAGGGCCUGGAGUAUAUGCGGGUGCUCUGGGAGUACCUGACCCCUGGCCAGGACCGACGCCCCGUGGGAAUCUGGAACUAUGAGCUUCUACCCAACAGCGACGAGCCAAUGCCCAAGUUCUACGUGGACAUGAACGGAGAGAACGACCUCCAGAAUGCGCAGGGUAUUGCCAAAUUCAUGCAGCACAUUGGAUUGACGGCGACGGGCGAAGGAUUCAUCAAGACGAUCCAGGAAUACUUCCCCGGCGUCGACCUCGAGCAGACCACGGAUAUCAUCCAAUACGUCUCUUUUGCCUGGAGCAAAGGGGGGCCGUAUUUCAGCGUCUAUUACCAUUCUUCCCACUAA